AUGGCUACUGAGAGCAAGAGCGUGCUUAUCCCUCCAAAGCGGGCUAAUACCGACUACCCGCUCAUCGACUCUGAUCCGCACCUGAGACGAGUUUUCGGAUAUGCGAGACCUUCUGAUUAUGCAAUGGCUGGGGGUAUGGCCGCUGCCUCCCCUCUCGCAUUCUGGGCUAUGGAGAGGGUCAGCCCUUCCCAUGUUGGUCGAGGAGGCUUUGCUCCUGUGAUGCGACUGGCGACAGCAAUUGGUUUGGUUGGCGGUCUACACAUACUUUACCAGAGAUCUUGCAACCGUUUCUACGGAUUCACAGAGAAUGCCCGAGAGGUUGAAAUGGACAUGAGGGAGAUGGUCGACAAGGUCAAAAAGGGCGAGCCGCUAUACGGUACAUCACAAGUAUCCUCUUACCUACAAGGCGUUGCGGCCAGGAAUUCGCGGUACUCACAGCUCUUCAUUCAUGUCCUUCCUUGGUUUAACAUUGUCAAUCACGACCAGCAUGGCGUUGACACAGCAAAAUAUUAUCAACAAGCUGAGCGUGAACUCGAAGCCGAGCGCUUGGCGACAGCCGGCUCUUCCUGA